AUGGCUCCUGGAGGCAGUGCUUUGAAAGAAGUCCUGGAAUCUAAUUCGACAGGAAUGGAUUACGAAGUUAAAAUGGCGAAAGUGGAGGUGAAUAACAAUAGCAAACCUACAAAGUCGUCAGGUAGCGCAGGAAUUGGAAAAUACGGGAUGCAUUCGAACAAUGGAGUUUAUGAGCUUCUUGAAUGUCCCGUGUGUACAAAUCUAAUGUACCCUCCUAUUCAUCAGUGUCCAAAUGGCCACACGUUAUGUUCAAACUGCAAAGCGAGGGUGCAGAACACGUGCCCUACGUGUCGCUACGAGCUUGGUAACAUAAGAUGCUUAGCUCUUGAGAAGGUUGCAGAGUCCCUGGAGGUUCCAUGCCGGUACCAAAAUUUGGGGUGUCAUGACAUUUUCCCUUACUACAGCAAGCUUAAGCACGAGCAGCAUUGCAGGUUUAGGCCUUACACUUGCCCUUAUGCUGGCUCUGAGUGCUCUGUUACAGGUGAUAUCCCCACACUUGUUGUGCAUCUCAAAGAUGACCAUAAAGUCGAUAUGCAUGACGGUUGCACUUUCAACCACCGGUAUGUGAAAUCAAAUCCACAUGAGGUCGAAAAUGCUACGUGGAUGCUUACGGUGUUCAACUGUUUUGGGAGACAGUUCUGUUUACACUUUGAGGCGUUUCAGCUUGGGAUGGCUCCAGUGUACAUGGCAUUCCUUCGUUUCAUGGGGGACGAGAACGAGGCGAAGAAGUUCAGUUACAGCUUGGAAGUAGGAGCUCACGGACGCAAACUAACAUGGCAAGGGAUCCCUAGAAGCAUCCGUGACAGUCACAGGAAAGUCCGGGACAGCCAAGACGGUCUCAUCAUCCCAAGAAACCUCGCACUCUACUUCUCUGGAGGUGAUAGGCAAGAGCUCAAGCUGAGAGUGACCGGUCGAAUCUGGAAAGAAGAGUGA